UCCAGGAAACAACCCAUCUUCAGCCUCCAUCCAUUCCCUUCCAGUGACAACUGGUAAGAUUUUGUGCAUAAUAAUAAUAAUAAUUACAAGAAGAAGAAUAAAUAAAUAUAAACCAUUUAUGGUAAUAUUAUAUUAUUAAUUUUUAAAGCACCACACUCAUGUUACGGAUUGUAUACCGGUGUCGUUGUACACACAAAUAUAAUAAUGUUUGUGACUUGAUUUUCCAGGAAGCAACAUCUCCAGCCUCCAUUCCAGACCUUCCAGUGACAUCUGAGAACAGUUCUGCUGUUGUUACCUAUCAAAUCGCUGAACAAAUUUUGGAAAACCAAGAGGUUGAUAUUGGUGAAGGUGUUGCAAUACACAGUGAAAAAUGGAAGAAGAUUCAGGCUAAUUUAAAGGACAGCUUGUUUGUAAAAGAACUGGCAGUGUGCAUUUGGAGAACAAGCACACUGGCCAACCGUAGCCUGGAAGGAAAAAGUUGCCCCACCACAAAACCAGAUCCUAGGCCCCCUCUGACACCUCACAAAUAUAGAGCAAUUAAAGGUUGCUUUCAAAAGUGGCUGGAAGGCAAAGAUUUCGAGGAAGCAGAGCUGAAAGCCAGAGCGGGAAAACUUGGGCGAUAUUUAACAGAACAAAUUCAAGAUAUCAACAAAAAAAUAAAUCAAAAAAGUGAAUUUGCAUAUAUGUAAGCUGCUGAAAACUGUUAAGUAUUUGUAUUUCAGUUAGGUUAUUACUGCCAAUUAUUAAGUAAUUUAUCUCAUAUUAAGGUUACACACACAAAAAAAGUGUUUUUAAUGAUAUAUAA